AUGCUCUCGGUCGCGAAACGAUUCCCGCUUCGGCCCCUGACGACGCCGUUUCUCCUCGAGCAGCUUCGGUAUGCCAGAACACGGCCAAAGUCGCCGCCGGUGGCGUUGAGGAAGACGGAGGAGCGGUCGGAGUGGUGGGCGGUGGACGGCGAAAUGCACGAGAUCGGCGAUCACGUGCCGCCACGUGAGCGCUUCGUGAUCCCCCGAGAAAACAUCCCCAACAAGCGCCGCAAGCAGCUCAGAGAACAAUUCAUGCGCCGAACACGCCUCGUUCUUAAGGAAUCCGAGCAUGAUCCUUGGUGCAAAAGGUAUAUUGAGCUGUAUAAUGAACUUAGAGAAAACUGGGAGAGGCUUUAUUGGGAUGAAGGUUACUCUAAAAAGCUUGCUCAGGAUCAUGCAAACUAUGAGUCUGCUGAAGACGAUGAUAGGGAUUUCUCCCCAUACAGGAGUAGAAGAUCUCAGCCUCAAAUGGAGCAUAGUAAGGUCAUGUCCACAUCAUGUCUAGGUUAUGCAUCUCUUGCUGUUCUCGACACAGCAUCUCCUGCGUUCUCCAAAUUGGACACUGUUCUCUCCUGUCUUCACAGUGUCUAUGGUGACCAGAAUUUUGGGAGAAACAGGCAACCUGAUAACUUGGAGAAAGUUAGUCUUCUUCGGGAUAAAUUUGAGUAUGACAGAGAGAGAAGAAUGCUAGAGAAAGCAUUUGCACCCAUGCAUGAAGGAUCUGCGUCUGACUCUCAUGAUUUUAGCGGUUGGAACCAACCGCUCAAUACCGAUCGAUAUUUCAGCCAAACAGAGAGGCAUUGA